UGGUCACGCUGAACAAAGUCCAAGGAGAAAAUUAUAUUAGGGUGAAGCUCUCUUGCGCUACAUCUUCUGCUGUUUUGCUAAGGCUAGCAAACUUCCAGGCAAUUUCUGUCAAGAUGGCUGAGAACAGAGAUAAAACUACCGACCAAAUGAAGGCGUGGAAGGAGAACAGAGGUUCUCGGAAACCAGACGUCCUGACCACUGGGGCUGGACAUCCCAUUGGAGACAAGCUGAACCUGCAGACAGCUGGACCCAGAGGCCCUCUUCUGGUCCAAGAUGUGGUCUUCACUGAUGAAAUGGCCCACUUUGACCGGGAGCGGAUCCCCGAGAGAGUGGUGCACGCCAAAGGAGCAGGGGCGUUCGGCUACUUUGAGGUCACCCAUGACAUCACCCGCUACUGCAAAGCCAAAGUGUUUGAACAUAUUGGAAAAACGACACCCAUUGCUGUCCGUUUCUCCACCGUUGCUGGAGAGUCUGGAUCGGCUGACACAGUUCGAGAUCCCAGAGGAUUUGCUGUCAAGUUUUACACUGACGAGGGCAACUGGGACCUCACGGGCAACAACACCCCUAUUUUCUUCAUCAGGGACGCCCUACUGUUUCCGUCCUUCGUCCACACCCAGAAGCGUAACCCCCAGACUCACAUGAAAGACCCUGACAUGGUGUGGGACUUCUGGAGCCUGAGGCCUGAGUCUCUGCAUCAGGUGUCCUUCCUGUUCAGUGACCGGGGUCUGCCUGAUGGUUACCGCCACAUGAACGGCUACGGUUCCCACACUUUCAAGCUGGUCAACGCUCACGGCGACCGCUUCUACUGCAAGUUCCACUACAAGACUGACCAAGGAAUUAAGAAUCUAUCAGUGGAGAAGGCGGCGCAUUUGUCAUCUACCAACCCAGACUACGCCAUUGGAGACCUGUUCAAUGCAAUUGCUAAUGGAAACUACCCAUCCUGGACUUUUUACAUUCAAGUCAUGACUUUUGAGCAGGCAGAGAAAUUCCAGUUCAAUCCCUUCGACCUGACAAAGGUGUGGUCCCACAAAGAAUUCCCAUUGAUCCCAGUGGGAAGAAUGGUCCUCAACAGGAACCCCGUCAACUACUUUGCAGAGGUGGAGCAGCUGGCCUUUGACCCCAGUAACAUGCCCCCCGGCAUUGAGCCCAGUCCUGACAAGAUGCUGCAGGGCCGACUCUUUUCCUACCCCGACACCCAUCGACAUCGGCUGGGGGCCAACUACCUGCAGAUCCCCGUCAACUGUCCUUUCAGGACCCGGGUUGCCAAUUAUCAGCGGGAUGGCCCCAUGUGCAUGUUUGACAACCAAGGCGGUGCUCCAAACUACUACCCAAACAGCUUCAGCGCCCCAGAGACCCAGCCUCAGUUUGUGGAGUCCAAGUUCCAGGUGUCUCCUGAUGUGGCGCGGUACAACAGUGCAGAUGACGACAAUGUGACUCAGGUUCGUGCCUUCUACACCAAAGUGCUAAAUGAGGACGAGCGCCAAAGGCUUUGCCAGAACAUGGCGGGGGCCCUGAAGGAAGCGCAGCUGUUCAUCCAGAAACGAAUGGUGGAGAACUUGAAUGCCGUCCAUCCUGACUAUGGAAACAGAGUUCAGGCCCUCCUGGAUAAAUAUAAUGCAGAGGCCAAAAAGAGCACCAGUGUGCACGUCUACAGCCGCCCAGGAGCCUCCGCCAUCGCUGCUUCCUCCAAAAUGUGAAGCUCCGCCUCCUCCUCCUCUAACCUCAGAGGAAUCGUGAUUACCUGAUAGAAUAACAGUUGACUGAACCUGCUAAUAAUGAAGUGUGUCUUUGCUAGCAGUUGAUUAUCUUUGCAGCGAAAUACUGUCGAAAACAAGAUUAUCGUAAUCCAGACAAACGUCUGGAAAUAAUCCUGUUUCUCUGGAUCUGUGGAUGUGUCGUCUUCUGGAACAACUGUCUUUCCUGAUGCUGCGUCUUCAUGAAGGCCUGUGAGAACUGUAACUGCAUUAUUGUGUGGAAGGAUGUGCACACGCACGUGCACUCGCCUUUAAAACGUUCUGCUGGGAUGAUGAGAAUCACACUGUUAUUAUAGGUGUGUGAAAGGUCUGGAUCUGUCACGCCCACCAGAGGCGGGGCUAUCUGAUCGAAGCUUCAAUUAUACAGAUUUUCUUUGUACUCUGUCAAUAAUAUAUUCUAAUGAAUUUUUUUUAUAAUCAUUAAAAGUUCUAACAAAAUUA